AUGGCCGUCCUCGAAGGCGUCGACCUCGACGCUCUGCCCUACAUCGGCAAGUACCCAUACAAUGGGACCAUCGCUACCGGCGGUGAUUCGCUCACCGAGGACCUGAACAUAUGGUACGAGAGUGGUGAUAUCGCCUGGAUGAUAACGUCUACGGCUUUGGUGCUGCUCAUGAUUCCUGGGGUCGGCUUCUUCUACUCCGGCCUUGCGCGGCGAAAGUCGGCCCUGUCGCUGAUAUGGCUGUCCGUCAUGGCAACGGCCGUCACCACCUUCCAGUGGUUCUUCUGGGGCUACUCGCUCACCUUUUCGCACUUCGCGAGCUCGUACAUCGGCGACUUGUCCAACUUCGGAUUCAAGGACGUGCUGGCCCAACCAUCCGUGGGAUCCGCGCGCGUCCCUGACCUCCUCUUCGCCGUCUACCAGGGCAUGUUCUCGGCCAUCACGGUCGCUCUUGCGACGGGUGCUGUGGCCGAGAGGGGGCGCAUGUUGCCGUGUGUCAUAUUCAUGUUCAUCUGGUCGACCAUCAUCUAUGAUCCCAUAGCUUGCUGGACGUGGAACCCCGCGGGAUGGUCGAAUAAGAUGGGUGGUCUUGACUUCGCUGGUGGAACACCGGUCCAUAUUUCAUCGGGCACAGCGGCACUUGCAUAUUCGAUGAUGCUCGGAAGACGACGAGGUCAUGGCACUCACGAGCUCAACUACAGACCCCAUAACGUCACUCACAUCGUCAUUGGAACAGUCUUCCUGUGGGUUGGCUGGUUCGGGUUCAACGCUGGUAGUGCGCUCUCCGCAAACCUGAGGGCGGUCAUGGCCGCAGUUGUGACCAACCUUGCGGCCUGUGUGGGUGGCAUCACCUGGUGCGUUCUUGACUACCGACUGGAACGGAAAUGGUCGACGGUCGGGUUCUGCUCUGGUGUCGUUGCUGGCCUCGUGGCUAUCACCCCAGGCUCAGGUUAUGUCCCAGCAUGGGCUGCAGUGCCAUACGGAGUCCUCGGAGCCGGGUUCGCCAACUAUGCGACCAAGCUCAAGUUCAUCCUUCGGAUCGACGACGCUUUGGAUAUCUUUGCCGUCCACGCCGUAGGUGGACUCGUUGGUAACAUCUGCACCGCCUUCUUCGCCGCCGACUACAUCGCGCACCUCGACGGCGUCACGGUCAUCAAGGGAGGCUGGCUGAACCAGCACUGGAUCCAGCUGGCGUACCAGCUGGCGGACUCGAUCUGCGGCGGGGUCUACUCGUUCGGGGGCACCUGCCUGAUCCUCUUCGUGCUGAAUCUGAUACCCGGUCUGAAGAUCCGCGCCAGCGAGGACGCCGAAAUCUUGGGUAUCGACGAUGCGGAGAUCGGCGAGUUCGCGUAUGAUUAUGUUGAGCUUACGAGGGAGGUGCUGAACGAUGUCGAGAAUGAUGCUGGGAGUCGGUACUCGGCGGAUCGAUCGGGCCACAUGUCGUUUGACCCCCGGGAAAAGCACAGCAUACCUUUGAUGGACGCGCGGGCAUACGCUGGACAAUCGUCACAGCAUGCCCAUGCUCGGUGA